CUCUCAUUUUGCACACUCCGAUUUGGUGCGUAGGUGUCUAGUCUAAUAUACUGUAAUCGAUUGUUAACUUUACGCACAGCCAAAAUCAAAAUUCUUCAGAACGUUCGAGGAUCCUAUUCAACGUCUUCAUCAACAUGCGAAUUUCAUCACAAAUAAUGGAGAGACCUAGAAAGGAGCUUUAUGAAAAAUUGAUUUCCAAAUCGUUGAAAUCAACCAUCUGAGCCUUGAGAUGAAUAUCACGAGUGCAAAGCCGAUACACACCUCUACUCCACGCAAUAUUAAGACGAUGUUGUUUUCAUCAUGCAGGACAUCAAAAAUUUCAAAACGAACCACAAUUUUCUAUCUUUUAUGUAUCGUUUCUCUCGGGAUUCCGUUCGUAUCAGCCGUCACAGUUAAGAUCUUCAAAAAACUUAGAAAAUAUCACGUGGUACCAGACGUAAUAAAUUUGCCUCCGACUUCAGUGAUGACGGUCCGAUACCCAAAUCAUGUAAUAGUGCAAAUAGGAGAUUUGUUGAAAGUAGAUCAAGUCAAAGCCAAACCGUUCAUCUUUUGGCCGGCGAAGCGUAAUGGUCUGUACACUUUGAUAAUGACAGAUGCUGACUAUCCUACACCUCUUGCACGAAACAGAUCCGAAUUUCUUCACUGGAUGGUGAUAAAUAUUAACGGUACUCAAUUCCGCGUUCCUAAUGGGGAUGUAAAAGUAGAAUACUUGCCACCAAUGGUGAACUCAACGGCAGGAUAUCAUCGAUACGUCUUCACAGCAUUCAGACAAAUUGGCAGGGAAAUUAUAGAUGACUUUCCUAACCUCAGCACACUACACCUUGCUGAGCGGGCCGAUUUCAACACCCUUGCAUUCGUCAAAAAGCAUCAGUAUGGUUACCCACUUGCAGUGAAUUUCUAUCAAAUUGAAUUUAAGUGAAACGUAAAUUAAUAAAAACCAAGAGUAAGAACUCAA